CUGCGCGCGAAAUGUUUGAAGAGAAAUUUGUAACGGAGACAUAGGCAUUUCUCUUCAUUAUUUCAAACGUCGUGAUAGCAAUAUUAACUAAUUAGUUGCCGUGAUUGUGAAGAUUUGUUAAAAUUAAGCUGAGGAUGCUUGGCCAAACUGGUCCGAUUUUUGAGUCUGAAAGGAAUAAUACUGUUGAGAUUAAGAAAAGAAGCGUACUUCAAAGUAUAUUAAUUAAGCUCUUGGGUCCUGAUGUUGCUCGCGAUGUGAAAUGGUUUAAUGUUGUUUUUCUUUCCAUUUUACAUGCAAUAUUUGUAUGGAGUGUAUUGAACUUCCCGUAUAUUCGGAGAUGGAAGGUUAUCUUGUGGGCAGUCGCCAUCGGUGGAAUGAAUGGAUUUGGUAUUACAGGUGGAGUGCAUCGACUGUGGUCACAUCGUUCCUACAAAGCCACGUUACCAUUGCGAAUCAUCUUAAUGAUAUGUUUCACGAUGGCCGGUCAGAAUCCCAUUCACGACUGGGUCCGAGAUCAUCGAGUACAUCAUAAGUACACAGAAACUUCAGCCGAUCCUCACAAUGCAAAACGAGGCUUCUUUUUCUCCCACGUUGGUUGGUUGAUGAUGAGGAAACAUCCCGAUGUCAUACGUAGAGGGAAGGAGAUCGAUAUGGACGACGUUUUGGCAGACCCGGUCGUUCAAUUUCACGUGAAACACUUCUCCAUCUUAAAAAUGAUGCUUGCUUUUAUUAUUCCAUCGAUUGUGCCUCCGCUUUUGUUUGGUGAAGAUUGGUUCUGGUCAAUUGUAGCGAUUUGCGUCUAUCGUUACUGCUGCAGUUUAAACUUUACGUGGUUCGUAAACAGCGCGGCACACCUCUGGGGCUACAAACCAUACGAUAAAAAAAUAAAUCCGUCAGAAAACUUAGGCGUGUCAAUCGUGACGAUGGGCGAAGGCUGGCACAAUUAUCACCAUACGUUCCCUUGGGACUACAAAGCGGCUGAACUGGGAAACUACUCGUUCAACUUGACCACUUUUUGGAUUGAUAUGUUUGCAAAAAUUGGAUGGGCUUAUGAUUUAAGAGCGCCGUCACGACAGUUCGUGGAAAGGGUGAUAAUGAAAACGGGAGAUGGGUCACAUUCAAUAUCGCGACUUGUAACCAAAUAAUUUGCGUUGUAAGUAGCUUAGGUACUUAUUGUAAAUAUUCAGAAUAUCUUUUUUUUAAUAAAAUGUAUUAACCUUCA